AUGCCUUUGACUUGGACCGCCGUGCUGUUGCUGGCUUUCCUGCAGCCUCUGGAGUCUACAGUGAAGGAAGGCACUGCCCCGUUUCUUGCAGGACACUCAGCAUCCUCCAGGAAGGAGGAAAAGACAGGAGAGAGCCACUUAAGAAGGCAUUUUGUCUCCAGAAACGCUUCGCUGGAGGCACUUGGAGAACUCAGCUGGGCGAGGGGGUUGGGACCUGUUGGCAGUGACAGGGGGCGGCCGUUCUUGGAAGACAGGCUGAGGUGGAGAAGGGCGCGCAGGGGGACAGAAGAUAACAGUUCCAAGCCAGCCCAACAGUACAGUCCAGGAGUGAAGGGGGAGUACCCCCGACCUGUGAACCCUGCCAGCUUACGGCCCACCAAGGCCCUGGUGCCAUCCAGCACAGAUGCCUCGGAGCACCGCCAAGGGAGCCCGGGGGUGCAGGGGGGCACAGAGCCCCUGGAAAAUAUGACCGUGGCCCUGGGGAAGCACCCACAGAUCCAAAACCCUCUGUACCCAGUAACAGAGAGCUCCUACAGUGCCUAUGCUGUCAUGUUCCUGUCCCUCAUUGUCUUUGCUGUGGGCAUCAUUGGGAACCUUUCCGUGAUGUGCAUUGUCUGGCAUAACUACUACAUGAAAAGUGCCUGGAACUCCAUCUUGGCCAGCCUGGCCUUCUGGGACUUCCUCAUCCUCUUCUUCUGCCUGCCAGUGGUAAUCUUCAAUGAGAUCACCAAGAAGAGGCUGCUGGGGGAUAUCUCCUGUCGCAUCGUACCCUUCAUGGAGGUGUCCUCCUUGGGCGUAACCACCUUCAGCCUCUGCGCCUUGGGCAUUGACCGCUUCCAUGCAGCCACCAGCCCUCAAGCCAAGCUUCGGCCCAUCGAGCACUGCCACUCCAUCAUUGCAAAACUGGCUGUCAUUUGGGUGGGCUCGAUGACCCUUUCUAUCCCAGAAAUCCUGCUCUGGCAGCUGGCACAGGACACCUCCCCCGUCUCCGGCGUGGUGACUGACUACUGCACGAUGAAGCCUUCCCAGGAGCUGCCGGAGUCCAUUUACUCUCUGGUCCUCACUUACCAGAAUGCCAGGAUGUGGUGGUACUUUGGAUGCUACUUUUGCCUGCCCAUCCUCUUCACGGUCAGUUGUCAGCUGGUCACCAGGAGGAUCAGUAGCCCCAGCAAGUCGGAGUGUCGCGGCAGCAAGCAUGGGCAGUGCGAGAGCCAACUCAACUGCACCGUCGUCGGCCUGACGGUGAUCUAUGCCCUGUGCACAAUCCCAGAGAAUGUCAGCAACAUCAUUGUGGCUUACCUGUCUCUGGACAUGACGAAGCAGACCCUGGACCUGCUGAGCCUCGUCAACCAGUUCUUCUUGUUCUUCAAGUGCUCAGUGACUCCGGUGCUGCUGCUCUGCCUCUGCAAGCCACUGGGUCAGGCCUUCAUGGACUGCUGCUGCUGCUGCUGCGAGGAGUGUGGCCAGGAAGCUGCCUCCAGCGAAGGCAGCUCUGAGGGCAAGCUGAAAACAGAGAUGUCCUCUUCCAUAUUCUUUGACAAGCCUCGGGAGUCUCCUACCCCCGUGGGAGCCAUCGGCACCCCAUGCUAAGCAGAGCUCAGUCAGCCCGGCAUGAGCAUUAGCAUUCUUCCUCCGUCUUCUCCCAAGACCAAAAGGUUUUUCUACUCUCUCUCUCCCUCUUUAGUAUUGAUUGGUGAAGUGCCUGACGGUGGAGAUGGAACAUGUGUCCCUCCAUGUGCUUGUUCCUUCCAAUAGCAGUUCCAGGGAGAGUGACCUCACAUCCUUUUUUGUCUUUCCUGCUGAACGUUACCAAGGGUGUGGACAUCUCCAGAAUCCCCCAGAUCCCAGGGAGGACCAGAGAGGCUGCUGCUGCCCUGAAUUAGGGAAAUGCUGAGAAAAUUUCCACUUGCAGCUCCCUCAAGGACUGACUUAUUGCAGUAUCUUAGAGAGGACAUAGUACAAAUUAACCCAUUCUGCACU